UUUCUACAUUUAUCCGCCGCUACGGCCAUCUUGAAAUUGUCCGCCUUCGUCUAACCCGGCCUGCGGACCGACGAAGACGCAUUCCAGCGUGUCUGGGCACAGAGGACACGGUUUCUUGGCGGAAAGCUGGGGUAGUGUUGAUGAGAUCUAAUUGACGACCGCGGAAGCGUCUAUGCAUUGAGGCCUGACAUCUCCUCCGGCACUGCUUCGACGUUAAGGAUCUUCUGGUGUGGUCAACAUUGUACAUAUACCACGUCACCGGGCUUUUCAUCGAAGAUUGGUGGAAUACGGGAAAGACUCGAGACCGAUCUCACCACCGAGUGGGAUGCUGACGCGCGCUUCCUUGCCGCCACCUGCAUACGAUCCCCACAUCUCUUCCCUCACCUUCGGAUUUACAAUCAGAGAAAAUGGCGACCCAAAGACGUCCACCUGUGUCGGCGACCGAUCCUUCCGUGCCCAAUGCCGUAACUCAAAGCAAUAACAAGUCUACCGCCAAUAAGAGCUCGGGUGAUAUUGGUGGUCUCGGUGUACUUGAUGUGGUGCGGGUGCUAGGAGGGUUGCUAUUGCUGAGUAGCUGCUUGAGCUGGCUGUCAACGGACAAAAGCAGUCUGACUUGGGGAUGGAAUCCGUGGUUCUUGAGGGUUGGGGAGUGGAAGACUUUGACGCAAGGUCCAGUCCGCCUAACAGACAAGCAACUCGAAGCCUACGACGGCACAGACCCCAAUAAACCCGUCUAUAUCGCUCUCAAUGGCACUAUCUACGACGUCUCAGCAGGUCGAAAGACCUACGGUCCAGGCGGCUCCUACCACUUUUUCGCCGGCCGCGACGCCGCGCGCGCCUUCAUCACCGGCUGCUUUCAAGAAGACCUAACCCCCGAUCUCCGCGGUGUCGAGGAAAUGUUCGUGCCGCGUGACGCUCCCGAGUCAGCUGCAUCUGGUUCCGACGCCACUGUCUCUGAGGUCCCGUACCCAACCUACGACCCCACAGCACCUGAGGGUGAGCACGUGCCAGACUCACAGCCCAAAGCCGUCAAGGUAGAGAAAAGUCCGAAACGUGAGUUGAGCAAGGCUCAAUUGAAGAUUCGGCGCGAGCAGGAGUAUAGGCAGGCGAGGAAGAACGUGGCUAAGACGCUGGAGGGGUGGCACGUGCUGUUUCGAGGGGACAAGGACAAGAAGUAUUUCAAGGUUGGGGAGGUGGUGAGGCCGAGUGGGUGGUUGGAUAAAUUGCCCAAGAGGGGGUUGUGCGAGGCGGCGAAGAAGGCGAGGCCGAUUAGGAAAGAAGAGUAGGGGUUGAGUUAUGAAGGCUUUGAGUAUUCUCUCAAAUUGGCGCUUUGGGACGGUUUCAAUAAGGAAAUUCGGGAUAGGCGGGCGGCAAAUACACCUCUCAUCCUAUUUCUUCUAGUAAUUCAUUCAUGAACAAGUUAUUAGAGGAGCAUAGUUCGUGGUAGCGUGAUGCUAAUCCAUUGCCAUUGCUAAUGCAUUUCCCUAUCAACCCAAAUCACACCCUUGAGAGCAAGAUGCACCAUCACAGUGUCAUAUUCCAGCUGAAUGUAUUUGAUCGUAUACGCCGAUAGUCGAGAGGAAGUCAUAAGAAAUCCGGCCCAUGCACCGCCUGUCAACGAGCCCCAUAUCUCAUCCACC